AUGCCCGCCGCCGGGCAAAAACGAAAACGGGCUGGUGCCGUUGACAGGGCCAACAACAACGCGAGCAGCAGCCACAGCGAAAACAAUCACCAGUCCGCACAACCAGCCGUCCCCGAAGCCUCAAAGAAUGCGAGCCCCGGACUAGGUUCAGAGCCGCCCAGAGAUGGCGCUCGCAACCCAGUAGCCCCCGACACCGAGUACACCUCCCUGCGCAGGAUAACGCGACGGCUACCCGACGAACCAGGUCACCUCCUCGAUGGCGUCGACAUAACCUCUGCCGAUCUCAGCUGGACCGCUCGCGAAGAGGGCGAUGACAUCAAUCCAAAGACCGGGGAGCCGUGGCUGUACCCCAAGAGGAGGAGGGGCAAGGGGGAAGGGUCCAACCUCGAGGACUUUAGGGAGGAUAUCCAGGAGAGGACGAAAAAUGGCCAGGGUUGCAAGGCCAUCUCCGAGAUACUCAUCGCGAAGGGUGUCGACACCAGCGUCAGGGCCGUCGCGAGGCAGAGGAUGAAAUGGGGACUCAGGCAGAGGGCGCCCCGGAGAAUGACAGAGCAAGGCAUCGCCAAUAUCAGAAAGGCCCACCUCGAACAAGCGAAACGCAUGGCCAACAGCGACCCCGUUCCCGUCAAGCGAGUGCGGAUCCGUGUCAUGCGCAAGGCUGAGAUCCUUCGCAUGACGAAAGAAGGCAUGUCCACGGCACAGAUCGCAGAGAACCUGCAGUCCCGCGGCGUCAAGCUCAAGCGAGGCGCGGCCACCGUCGAACGACUCCGUACCAUAUGGGGUCUCGUCCCCGACUCGGAACGUAACGUAAACAACAUCCGUCAAUUCCAUCGCAACCAGGCGCUCAAGCUGCAGAGGGAGCAGUUCGAGAACAUCGCCACCGAACUGGGAAUCGAGGAUGUGAAGGCGUGGGUCAAGAGCAAAAUGGAUGAGGAGGGUGCAUUGGAGGCCAGGCGUGAGUACGGCUACAGACUCAUGGGCCAUCUGAGGCCCAGGCCCGUGGAACCCGAAACCAUGAGGGCUAUUGUCAAUCACUGGAAGGCGAACAAGGCCAGCAACAAGGCCCAAGAACAUGGCGCAGGAUCAGAAGGCAUUGAGACUCCUGACCAGCUGGCGACGUCUACCGAGCCUGAGACUCCAACAGCACAAGGGGCGGCCUAUGAUCCUAUCGAGCUCUCGGAUGACGACGAUGAGUUGGAUAGCGAGGAGGACGAGGAUUGUGAAGGUGACGAGGACCAGGAGCCGCCGGCUGAGGACGUAAAGGCCCAGCUCUCACGGCUGGGUGUAGAGACUGACCACUCCGAAUCUCGCCGAUCGCAAACCAACUCGACCAAUGGUUCAUGCCAUCCAACGCUCGAACCCACCUCAAUGGAGAUAGACCGUGCCUUCGACAACUCGCACAGGAACCAGGCUGCUUUGCCAGAUCCCCCAAUUCGCAAUGCCAUCACUGAUCCCAACGUCCCAGGUGGCCUUGUCUACCCGCAGUACUGGACGGGGACCAAUAUGCAAGAAACGCAGCCUGGUCCCGAAGGCAUUGGCCAGCACCCGCCAGUACGACAAAAAAAUGCCGCUCCUGUUGCCUCUGCUCCGUUCGAGCCUCCCUCACAAGGCUGGAUCGAACUUCGAACGCUGGGCCCAUCAACAGGUCACAGGCGAAUCGCGCCCAAGCCAGGCGCCCCUGGGCCCAUUAUUCGACCUUUUGUACCCCGUCUCCCACCCGUCAUCACACCUCCAGGCGAGGCUGAGAUGAUGGCUAAAUAUGGCCUGUAUCCCUUCGCGACAUUCAGGAGAGAACCUCAGAAAUAUCUCACCCCCUCCGGCCUGAUCACGACAGAAGGCUACGAAUACCUCCCGAGUGCACCGGGAUUCCCGGGGAUUCCCGGUUCUAUGCAGCAGCAACAACAACAACACCAAACCCCGUCACAGGGCGCCCUGAUGCCCCUUAACAGCACGGCGCCCCACCAGCCGCCAGGCGCGCACCAGCUUCCACCUGAUGUAAUCAUGGUGCAGCCCCCGGCGCCGCCACGGCCCAGCAACGUGCCCGCGCCCCCGCUGGUCAUUCCGCCCGAGGAGGCGGAGAGGCACCGGGCCAGCUACGACGCUAUAGAGAAGCACCACAAGGCCGCGCUCGAGUGCAUGGAAUACCUGGCGGCGCGGGCGGACGCCAGGCCGCUUAGGGAGAGCCUCACGGGCAUGCCGCCUAGCCUGAAGGAUGUUGAGAACGCCAAGGGGAGGCUGAGGGAGGCUGCUGAGGCUAUGCUCGUCAGCCUCUGA